ACGUCCCUGGCCGCCACUGAACCCCAUCAUGGCAGACAGUCGCCAACCUGAGGACAGCCACCCCCAUUGGGACACGUCAGGGGCACAGGACCCCUCUCCCCCCCCAGCCCACGGGGCUAACGGCUACCCCCCCUCAUACAGGGCGUGCCAGCCAGGGACGGCCCAUGGAGCAGCACCCCCCUCCUACACCUCCAGAGAGAACGGAUUCAAUGGAGACCAUGCAGUUACGGCUGAGCAAGUUUCUGCACGAAUCGUGCAAGAGGUGACAGCAGAAGCAGUGGCAGUACUGAAGGGAGAACAGGAGACAAGACUGCAGUCAGUUGAAGACACUGCAAACCUGCCCCCCUCUCCUCCUCCCUCACCUGCUGCUGAGCACUGCUUUAGACCCCUGGAGCAAGAUGUAGGGGAUGAGGAGAAGGAGGUCUGCCCUCUCCGCCGCUUCCAAAAUUCUCGGGAGAGGUGCAAGUUCCUCGCCCCCUCCAUCUCUGUGUCUGUGCCCGAGGAUGACCCCUACCACUCUGACGAGGAAUACUAUGAUCACCCCUUGUUCAGCCCUGAGUGGGAUCGCUCGGUCUCCUCUCGGCCCACAGUGCUGGCCGCUGCCUUUAGACAGAUCCAAGUAGAGACUGUCGAGGCUCUUACAGAUAACUUCAAAGAGGAGGAGGAGGAGGAGGAGGAGGAAGAAGUGUUGAUGUUGGAGGAGGAGAUGGAAGGGGCAGGAGCAGAAAUCGUGGCUGCUCUUGAGGAGCUGUGGAGUGGGGAUGAGCCUGAGCCAGACGGCCCCCCAACCAAGCCCUUAGAACAGGCUGCGGCUGUAGGCGAGGCCCAGGCUGGGCCCCCUGUGCAGGCAGUGGCAUUUAGUGCUGCUCUUGAUGGCCCUAACGGGAGGGAGGAGGAGGUUGAGGAGGAGGAGGAGGUGGCAGUGCCUGAGGGGAAGGAGGAGAGCCUUGAUGAAGACUUAAAGAUGGACAUGGAGAAACCAGGCGGUGAGAGUGGAUGCCUCAGCCCAGACUUCACUGAACCAGAGUGUCCAGCUUUCUCCAGCGGGGACCACACAGCACCCCCCCUGUACCCCAAAACAGAAAUGGCUUCUCCAUCCCCUUCCCUUUUUAACAGCCAGAGCCAAGCCAAAGAGCCUACCAAAAUGUCUAUACCAGAUGAACCUAAAACAGUCUCAGAGAAGCAGCCGUCAGUGGAAGUUCUUGAGUCCAGUAACCUCACAACGGUUGCAGUGUCUGGGUUCACUAGAGCUGGAGACAAAGAUCAAGGUCAAGGUGUCUCCUCUGACUCUAACAAAGACAAAUCUGGCAUGUCGUCUUAUUUCGAGACUUUGGCCCUGAAGGCAGAUGAGGGAUCCAAGGAGGCUCAAGCAGCAGAAGGUUAUUAUGAACUGAGCACCGCAGGUCAAGAGAAGAGCUUAGGGAGAAGCUCCCCAACAGUUACGUCACCCCCUGAGAUCAACUACAGCAUGUUGGCACAAACACAGUCAGUGGGGAAGAAGCCAGACACCAAGACGAGUCCGAUGGGAGAUCAAAAGGAUACCUUACCGGCCCUGGACAGGAGCAACGAAUGUAGGCUUUCCCCCGGGAAGUUGGCCCUGGAUCAGAGAAGCUACUCUCUCAACAUUACGAUUGGAUCGAUGGAUCCCAGUGGCCAGGGCCUACCUAGGAACUUCUCCCCACUGGCCACGGACAUCAUGUCUUUUACCAGUGGCAGUCUGGAUGAGUCUGUCAACUAUCUCCCAGUUACCACCCUGUCUGCAGAGAAGGUGCCCCCGCCUUUCCCUCCCCUGAUCCUGGAGACGGCCGCCUCAGUCACGUCCGACUCCUCGUCUCCUCCCUACAACACAGGAGAGAUCCCCGGCGAAAAGACCAGCCCCCAGGGGUCAGAGUCGCCAGAGUCUCCCUUUCCACCCAAAUACUACUACAAAAACGGGACAGUCAUGGCUCCUGACCUACCUGAGAUGCUGGACCUUGCAGGCACCAGGUCUAGACUAGCUUCUGAGAACAAUGACCCAGAGACCAUGAGGAGGAAGUCUGUCCCUGCAGACGCCCAAGGCAUUGGGAGCGACUCCCUGGCCAACCUGGUCCUGGGGGACCAGAAUCAGAGCCAGAGUCUUGCCAAGAGUGAGAGCCAGCUGGAAGAGUUGGGUUACUGUGUGUUCAGUGAGUACUCAGGGCCCAUGCCUUCCCCUGCUGACCUCCAUAGUCCCAUUGACUCCCCGCCCCAGCGCUUCACCCCUAUGGCUCUGGAGGAAAAGAUGGCAGAGGAAAAACUGAAGAUUGAAGCUAGAGACAAACUAGCCGAAGAUGAGAAGACAAAUCAGUUAACUGUGUGUGACGGUUCCAAAGAAAAGGAAGAAGCAAAACAAGUAGGACGGAAAGAUUCCGCUUCAGAGGAAAAAGACAACAAAGAGAUCAGCCAUGAAAAAUCUGCCAUGGAGGACCAAAACGACAAACCGGCUUCAGCUCUGAAGUCAGCAGAGUCCUUUGUGACUCCUACGGUAAUGGUCACCCUGGAUGAGGAGGGAAAGGCAGAGAACGAGGGACCAGAGACAGAUGCUGAGAUAGCUGCCUACGAGAGGCAGAUCCGCCGGCUGGAGAUGGAGGACAGGCCCCUGAGCAUGGAGGAGGAGCGAGAGCUGCAGGAGUUAAGGGAGAAGGUGAAGGACAAGUUCUUGGUGCACCAGGAGGCAUACGAGGAGGUGGAUGCCGAAGAUGUCUACCAACUGACUGGGGUUGCCAAGGACCGGAUCAGCAGGCCCGCCAGGCCCUCCCCGGCCUCCUCCGUGGAGAGCACCACAGAAGAAGAGAAGGUUCCAGUUAUGGACACCGAGAAACCUAAACAGACGGGAGGUCAGACAACGCCUCCGAAGGUUGACUUCAUGGCAGCAUCUCCGUCUGUGUCAGGUGGUGGUGUGAGCACCACAGAAGAAGAGAAGGUUCCAGUUAUGGACACCGAGAAACCUAAACAGACGGGAGGUCAGACAACGCCUCCGAAGGUUGACUUCAUGGCGACAUCUCCGUCUGUGUCAGGUGGUGGUGUGAGCACCACAGAAGAAGAGAAGGUUCCAGUUAUGGACACCGAGAAACCUAAACAGACGGGAGGUCAGACAACGCCUCCGAAGGUUGACUUCAUGGCGACAUCUCCGUCUGUGUCAGGUGGUGGUGUGAGCACCACAGAAGAAGAGAAGGGGAAAGUUAGCGAAGAGAAGCUGAAGAAGGAGCAGGUUGUAGAGGUCAAAGAAAAGAACAUAGAAGAAAAGAAAAAGGAAGAUGGGGAGGAGGAUAAUAUAGAGCAGGUGGUGGAACAGGAGGAAAUCAUGAUAGAGAUAAAACCAACAAAUCCUGGAGAGAAAGAAGAGAAGUUUGAGAAGGAUAUAAUGAAAGACAAGGAGGAAGAAGAAGAAGAAGAGGAAGAUGGUGAAGUUCUGGCAGGGGCAGGAGCAGCGGUGGAUGACGUUUCAGAGCCCAGAGCUGCCAUAGAGUCAGUGGUGACUGUAGAAGAUGACUUCAUCACUGUAGUCCAGACCAUCGACGAGGGCGAGGAGCCAGGACACAGCGUGCGUUUCUCUGCUCCACCUGAGCCUGAGACACCACAGGCUCUCCACGAGCAGGAGGAAGAGGAGGAGGAGGAGGAGUCCCAGGAGGUGGAGAUCAUGGAGGCAGCAAGUCUGGAGGAGGUGGGGGAUGUCUCAGAGGAGGUCUGUGAGAAGGAGGUGCAGGCCUCCCCAGAGAAGGAGGUGCAGACAGAGACCGAGGGACAGACAGAGAGCUACGACAGAGACGAGACCACCAUGGACGACUCAAUCCUAGACAGCUCUUGGGUCGACACUCAAGACCUCUGCACUGUAGAUGUGGAUGAUGACAAGAGCAUGGCUACAGAGCAGAUCGAGCCCCUGAGAGCCGACCGGGUCCCAGCCCCACCAGUCAAGAAGGAGAAGACUCCCCAACAGCAGAGGCAGGAGAAGCAGCCAGUGAAUCCCAAGGCUAAAGUGGGGCGGGUGAAAGCGCGCGAGGGGCACGUCUCCACACCAGAACGUAAACCCAUUCACAAGCAGCCGGUCUAUAUCCCCAGGGAGGACGUCAAGAAGAAAAAAGCCGUGAUUAAGAAGACUGAGCUGACCAAGAAAGCUGAGAUGCGCUCCUCUCCAUCUCGGAAGAGUGUGUUAAAGUCUACUGCGGUCCGACACUCGCGUCCUGCCCAGGCCCACCCCUGUGCUAGGAGGAAACCUACAGUGGGUGUACCAGAGGGUCGUCGGCCCCUUAGUGUUGCUAGACAGUCUCGGGACAGAGCCUCAGAUGGUGGUUCUCAGAGCCCAAAGAGGUCAUCCCUGCCGCGGCCUACCUCUAUCCUGAGCCGGCGUACCCACCACCACCCACACGACCAGGAGGAGAGCUCCACCUCAAUCACCAGCUCCGGCUCCACCGCACCCCGCAGACCUACGUCGUUCCGUACAGAGGUCAGGGCGGAGCAUAGAACAGGCCGUGCCCCUAGUUGGACAGGCACACAGUCGAUGCGUUCCCGCUCGCUGUGCAGCGGUCCCACCACACCCCGCACCCCAGGGUCCACAGCCAUCACCCCUGGAACCCCUCCCAGCUACAGCUACUCCUGCCGCACACCCGGAACCCCUCGCACCCCCGGCACACCACGUUCACUCAGCCUGCUGCAGGAGAAGAAGGUGGCUCUGCUCCGCACCCCUCCCAAGUCCCCCGCCACCACCCCCAAACAGCUCCGCGUCCUCAACCAGCCCCUGCCAGACCUCAAGAAUGUCAAGUCUAAGAUCGGCUCCACAGACAACAUCAAUUACCAGCCCAAGGGGGGCCAGAUUCAGAUUUUAAACAAGAAGCUGGACUUCAGUCACGUACAGUCAAAAUGUGGAUCCAAGGAUAACAUGAAGCAUUCUCCUCGUGGAGGCAAUGUGCAGAUCCAGACCAAGAAGAUUGACCUGAGUCAUGUGACCUCCAAGUGUGGAUCCCUGGACAACAUUCGCCACCGGCCAGGGGGAGGUAACGUGCGCAUAGAAAAUGUGAAGCUGGACUUCAAAGACAAGGCCCAGCCCAAGGUGGGUUCCCUGGAUAAUGCACACCACACCCCUGGUGGAGGCCUCAUUAUGAUCGAGAGCCACAAGCUGUUGUUCCGUGACACGGCCAAGGCCCGGGUGGACCACGGGGCGGAGAUCAUCAUGACCCAGUCACCGGGAACGGGCAUGUCAGUGACGCUGUCCCCCCACCGCCACAGCCACCUGUCCUCCUCCGACAGCAUCAACUUGCUGGAGCCUCCACAGCUAGCCACUCUGGCUGACGAUGUCACCGCUGCCCUGACCAUGCAGGGUUUGUGAGAGCCUUGACAACCGCUACCUGGAUACUUUGACCCCCAUCCUGCCUCCAGUCAAUCCCAGCCCAGAUAUCCAGGCACGCAGACACCCCAGGCACCGGACACCUUCACCCUUCCUCCAGCCACCAUAUCCCUCAGGCCUGGACCCCCCUCACCCCGUCCUGCCUCCAGUUUCACUCCAGUCCACCCCAGCCCUGAACACCUUACCCCUGCCUACAGUCUCCCUCCAGUCCGCCCCAGCCCUGAACACCUUCCCCCUGCCUACAGUCUCCCUCCAGUCCGCCCCAACCCUGAACACCUUCCCCCUGCCUACAGUCUCCCUCCAGUCCAGCCCAGCCCUGAACACCUUACCCCUGCCUACAGUCUCCCUCCAGUCCACCCCAGCCCUGAACACCUUCCCCUGCCUACAGUCUCCCUCCAGUCCACCCCAGCCCUGAACACCUUCCCCCUGCCUACAGUCUCCCUCCAGUCCACCCCAGCCCUGAACACCUUCCCCUGCCUACAGUCUCCCUCCAGUCCGCCCCAGCCCUGAACACCUUCCCCCUGCCUACAGUCUCCCUCCAGUCCACCCCAGCCCUGAACACCUUACCCCUGCCUACAGUUUCCCUCCAGUCCGCCCCAGCCCUGAACACCUUCCCCCUGCCUACAGUCUCCCUCCAGUCCACCCCAGCCCUGAACACCUUCCCCCUGCCUACAGUCUCCCUCCAGUCCACCCCAGCCCUGAACACCUUCCCCCUGCCUACAGUCUCCCUCCAGUCCACCCCAGCCCUGAACACCUUCCCCCUGCCUACAGUCUCCCUCCAGUCCACCCCAGCCCUGAACACCCUCCCCCUGCCUACAGUCUCCCUCCAGUCCACCCCAGCCCUGAACACCUUCCCCCUGCCUACAGUCUCCCUCCAGUCCACCCCAGCCCUGAACACCUUCCCCCUGCUUACAGUCUCCCUCCAGCCCCGGACGCUUUCCCCUGCCUCCAGGCGACUAAUCCCAGACUCCUGACACCCUCAACUUGCUUCCAGUUUAACCUGACCCCAAGCCUCGGACUCCCUCACUUUCCUCUAGUCCACCCCAGGCUCCCUCAUCAAGCCUCCACCCAGCCUUCAAUUUCCCUCAAGUCCACCUCCAGCCUCGGGUACCGAACAGCCCACCCUGCCUCAACCCCACUCUGCCUCUAGUCCACUCUGCCUGUAGUCCACUCUGCCUGUAGACUGCUCAGCCCCCCGGACAACUUCCCUUUGCCUCCACUCAGCCUCUACUCUUCCUGCUAGUCCAUCCCAGACACCCUCGCCCCACCCGAGCUCCAGUCCACCCUAGACUCCCUCACCCUGUCCCAGCCCUCAGACUCAGACACCGCCAUCCUGCAGCAGCCUCAUAUCCGCCGCCCGAUGGAGCUGCCUACCCUAGACUCCCUCACCCUGUCCCAGCCCUCAGACUCAGACACCGCCAUCCUGCAGCAGCCUCAUAUCCGCCGCCCGAUGGAGCUGCCUACCCUGCCCUUUGUCAUCAAGAUAAAUGAAGAAACAACAACAACCCCGAGGGAACUACAUACUAUUUAGAAAGUACUUUUGGUCCAUUUUUGUUGAUAUUUCCAUUCCAAGUACCUGUAUUUGGUGUAUUUUAUUUCUUUAUGCUGCAUAUAGAUAGAUAGGUAUAUAAAUAGUUAGAUGGUGUCGAAGCACUGACCCCAAAUCGGCUUUAGCUGUUUGCACAAAAUAAUCUGGGUAAGGGCCAGGUAUAGGGUGGGGUGGUCUCUGUUCAGUGCUUAGAAGCAGCUUUUUCUUGCCAUAGGUAGAAAGUCACGUGGCCAUGCCCAUACAAUACCCGUGCUUACUUGCCAACACGUCUUGUUUUUCUCAGUAAAGUGAAUGGAUGCCAGACUCAAUAUUCACCAUACAUCAAGCAUCCUUGAGGCAAAUCAUGCUUGUCCAACAUCCAAUAUAUAAUAAAUAUAUAAACAACUAUUAUAUAUAUAGUACCAGUCAAAAGUUUGGACACAUCUAUUCAUGACAUUAGAUUUUUUUUAAACUAUUUUCUACAUUGUAGAAUAAUAGUGAAGACAUCAAAAUGUUGAAAUAACACAUAUAGAAUCAUGUAGUAACCAACAAAGUGUUAUAAAAAUGUAUUUUAUAUUUGAGAUUCUUCAAAGUAGCCACCCUUUGUCUAGAUGACAGCUUUGCACACAUUUGGCAUUAUUUUAACCAGCUUCAUGAGGUAGUCACCAGGAAUGCAUUUCAAUUUACAGGUGUGCCAAUUAACAGGUGUGCCAAUUAACAGGUGUGCCUAAUUUGUGAAAUUUCUUUCCUUCUUAAUGCGUUUGUGUUGUGACAAGGCAGGGGUGGCAAAAGACCAAAUCCAUAUUAUGUCAAUAACAGAUCAAAUAAGCUAAGAGAAAUGACAGUCCAUCAUUUCUUUAAGACAUGAAGGUCAGUCAAUCCGGAAAAUGUCAAGAACUUUGAAAGUUUCUUCAAGUGCAGUCGCAAAAACCAUCAAGCACUAUGAUGAAACUUGCUCUAACGAGGACCACCACAGGAAAGGAAGACCCAGAGUAACCUCUGCUGCAGAGUUCAUUAGAGUUACCAGCCUCAGAAAUUACAGCCCAAAUAAAUGCUUCACAGAGUUCAAGUUAAUGAUACAUCUCAACAUCUACUGUUCAGAGUAGACUGUGUGAAUCAGGCCUUCAUGGUUGAAUUGCUUUAGAUAAACCUCUACUAAAGGACACCAUUAAAGAGAGAAAAAAUGUGAUUGGGCCAAGAAACAUGAGCAAUGAACAUUAGACUUGUGGCAAUAUGUCCUUUGUCCUGAUGAAUCCAAAUUUGAGAUUUUUGGUUCCAACUGCCAUGUCUUUGUGAGACAUGGCAGUAGGUGAAUGGAUGAUCUCCAUGUGUGUGGUUCCCACCGUAAAGCAUGGAGGAGGAGGUGUGAUGUGUGGGGGUGAUUUGCUGGUGACACUGUCUGUGAUUUAUUUACAAUUGAAGGCACACAUAACCAGCAUGGCUACCACAGCAUUCUGCAGCGAUACUCCAUCCCAUCUGGUUUGAGUAGGUGAACGGAUGAUUUCCAUGUGUGUGUGGUUCCCACCGUAAAGCAUGGAGGAGGAGGUGUGAUGGUGUGGGGGUGCCUUGCUGGUGACACUGUCUGUGAUUUAUUUACAAUUGAGGUGAACGGAUGAGGUGAACGGAUGAUCUCCAUGUGUGUGGUUCCCACCGUAAAGCAUGGAGGAGGAGGUGUGAUAGUGUGGGGGUGCUUUCUGGUGACACUGUCUGUGAUUUAUUUACAAUUGAAGGCACACUUAACCAGCAUGGCUACCACAGCAUUCUGCAGCAAUACUCCAUCCCAUCUGGUCUGUGCUUAGUGGGACUAUCAUUUGUUUUUCAACAGGACAAUGACCCAAAACACACCUCCAUGCUGUGUAAGGGCAAUUUGACCAAGAAGGAUGAGAUGGUUUGGGAUGAGUUGGACUGCAGAGUGAAGGAAAGGCAGCCAACAAGUGCUUAGCAUAUGUGGGAACUCCUUCAAGACUGUUGGAAAAGCAUUCCAGAUUAAUCUGGUUGAGAGAAUGCCAAGAGGGUGCAAAGCUGUCAUUAAGGCAAAGGGUGGCUACUUUGAAGAAUCUCAAAUCUCAAAUAUAUUCUGAGUUGCUUUUUUAACACUGUUUUGGUUACUACGUGAUUCCAUGUGUGUUAUUUCAUAGUUUUGAUGGCUUCACUAAUAUUCUAACAUGUAGAAAAUAUUUUUUUUUAAAUAAAAACGUAAAUGAGUAGGUGUGUCCAAACUUUUGACUGGUACUGUAUAUAUAUAUAUAUAUAUAUAUAUAUACAUGCCAGCUCUUUGUCAGCAACAACAUCUCUUCAAAAAACGAUUUUAAAAAAGUGAUAAAGGACUUAAGUUUAACUUAUACCUGUACAAUUGCAUUACUGCAAGCACUAGAUAAUGGUAUGAUGAGCAUGUAUCAAUUCUAGUUACGGAAAGUGGCUAUUUUCUAUUUCAAAUAAAACGAUUUGAGUAAGUUAUUUACUGAAUCAUUGGAUAAAGAUAUGAACACUUCUUCAUGUUUUUGUAGAUAUUAGUUGACUAGUAUGUUAUGCUUGUUGAAGUUGACUUCAGACAACUGUGCUGAUAUUGUUAAGAAGUGCAUCUUUCAGGCCUGCAAUAGAGUACUAAAGGCCCUGUGGCAGACUAGCUUCCUGUCCAGGGGGUGUACUUGUACAUCAAGCUGCCUCACACUACAGAAACAGGAGUUAGGCUCCUGCCCAUGUGGGCCAUUCUGGCUCGAACAAGGCUUAUUUUACUUACAGAGUAUUAAAUGUACCCUAACUAUGUUACUUAACUAUCACCUUGUCCGAGAGCCCGUGGAUUUCGAUGAUAAAGAGUCAGGUUACAAUCAAGAUAUUUUUUAGAGUUGAAUCCUUCCAAGUUGCAGCAGCACAUACUUUAGUAUCACAACACAUUAGGCUACAUCUCCAUUACUUCACUUCUCUGUCACUCACAUCUCUCCCGUGAAUCCUCCUCACACGCAGGUGAGUCUGGGAAGGGUAGUUUCAUAUUAAGAGUCCCAACAUAAAAUCUCAAUGGCAAUGCCAUAAUACAAUUCUCAGAUACACAUGACAUAUUUCUGAUUAUAAAAUAUAUUUUACUUUCAGAGUACUAAAUAAUGCCACUCUCAAGAGUUCUCUCUGGGAGUUUUUCUUCUAGAAGGCUGGUUUGCCAGUCCUGGUUAAGUUUAAGAGGAUGCUGCAGUGAUUCUCAUCUCACAAAUCUCAGUUCAAAAGAAACUUUGAUGUAGCUGAAAGCUCACAGAAGCUAUGAUCACGAUCCAUUCACGAACGCUAGCUACAGUAGGCAUUGGAUGGCUGUAGGAUCCUUUAGUCCAUAGUGUUUGAUGAACAACCCAAGGCUCUUAGAGCAGGCUGAGAAUGCACUCAAGAGGGCUUGCAGUUGUCUGAACAAUAUUGUGAAUGAAACUGACUAUUAUUUAAAUAUUCAAUUUAGGAAGCAGCUGUGGAACUCUGGACCCUGUGUCCUUACAGUUCACUUCUAGAUGCUAGGUUUGUUUUGUGUAAAACAUUUAGGGUGGGGAAAUAAAGGGGGAAAAUGCAUUAAAAAAUACAUUUCAUAUAAACAAACUUUAAAAAAGUAAACUCAACAAAUAUUGUUGCAUCUGUUUGAUAAAGUGUUACGGUGUAUUUUUUCUGUUGCCAUUGUGGUAUUUAGCCCUCCUUCCUCUCCUAGUAUUCCUGAUGUUUGUUUGCUUCUAUGUACUUUCUGCAUCCCCCUAUCUCCUAUCCUCUACCCCAACCUACAGCAACUGUUAAUGUCAUUAAAAUGAGAUGUACACAGUUUUUUCUCCUGUUGAUAAGGUACUAAUAAAAAAAAUGCUCUUAACAAUUAAUGACAAUAAAAAAACUACGAAGAA